UGCUUUAACGAAUGGGCCAGUUCAUGCUGAUCCUUUUGUUGUGGGCUGGCUCCAUCGAUCUCACCAGUUGCCGCUGCCUCUGCUGUCGCCGCCUCCACCUCCUCCUCUUCUCUCACAAGCCGUAGUCGCUGCCUCAUCUGCCGCCGAGCCCCUCUUAGCCAUAAACCUCCUCCUCCGCUCAACCCCUCACUCAGAUGCCAUUUCUCUCCGCUCGAAUCGAGCUUGACCCCGUCUUACUCACAUAGUCAUUCAGCGUCACACUGCCUCUCAGUCACAUUCACGCACGAAUCGUUCCGGUGAUAUAGCCGCCAGCCCGCCACCGCCGUCCCAUGGUGAGAUCCUAGUGUUCCCGAUUCCUUCAGGUGUGGUCAGAUUUGAACAAAAACAUUUGCGGGCAGCUAUUUGGGAACGAGAAACAUGCUUCUGGACAAGAAUGCCCAUAAAGAAACCCUUUAUGAUGUUCUUAAUGUGAAGGAAGAUGCAAGCUAUGAAGAGAUUCGUGCCAGAUACCGCAGUGCUGUGCUCAAUUUACAUCCUGAUAAAUUAUUGAAGACAUCUGAGAUGUCAAGCAGUCAUCAAACAUCAGGAGAUAGAUUCCUCACUGUACAGAAGGCAUGGGAAAUUCUCAGCAAUUCAACCUCUCGUUCAACAUACGACAAUGAGCUGCGUGGUUCAAGGCAGGAUGCAUUGGCUGCAGAUGUUGCAGAAGAUGUAAGUUUGCAGGAUAUGAUUGUUGAACAAGCUGGAGAAGCGUUGGAUCUCUCUUACCAGUGCAGAUGUGGUGAUUACUUUACCAUAGACUCUACAGAAUUGGAGAAAAUGGGGUAUUCGUUGUUGAGGGAUGGCAGUGAGAUUUCUUUACGUACUGUUGAUAGUUUGCCAGGUUCAGUAAUUCUUCCAUGUGGAUCUUGUUCUCUGAAAGUUCGUCUACUAAUCAACAUGGAUGAGAGCAAUUAAAUUCAUUUGCAUUGUUAUUUGUGUGA